UAUAUUUGGAUACUUGGCAGUUUAUAUCUAGUUUUCUAACUCUCUCACUCUGGAAAAAAUAAAUAUAUUUUUAUAAUUGAAUACAGGCAAUGAUGAAGGAACCCAAUGAGAAAUGGCUGGAUCGCCAUUUCGCCCAACAACUGGAGGAAUACGAGCCGGUCUUCCGACAGGAAGCCAGCGAGUCGGAUCAAGAGAUCAUCUCAUAUUGGCUACAGAUCUUCCUUGCUGCGCCCAAGCCCCAAAAGUGGGCCAGAAACAGUUUGAUGCUGCUGAUGUACGGCCAUCUAAAGGAGAUUGGCUACCUGCAGGUGCCCUUUACGGACGUGAACAGCAUGGGCAAGAAUCUUAACAAGGUACUGGACGGAUAUACGGGACUGCCUGUUGUAAUUACAAAUAGAACCCAUUCCACACACGUCCUCACACCUAUACCCGAAGAGCAGACACCCUCUCAGCAUGAAACCGAACCCCAAACACCCUCACCGCCUGAGACCGAAGUGCAAACACCCUCUCCGCCUGAGACGGACCGAUAUUCGGGACUGUCUGUUGUAGCUACAAAUAGAACGCAUUCCACACACGUCCUCACACCUAUACACGAGGAGCAAACACCCUCUCCGCCUGAGUCCGAAAUGCAGACACCCUCUCCGCCUGAGUCCGAAGUGCAAACACCCUCUCCGCCUGAGAGCGAAAUACAGACAGCCUCUCAGUUUGAAACUGAAGAGUCGACGACAGUCAAGGAAGGGAGCGAAUCUAAUCGAAGUGCAUCCAUCAAGCGUCUGUUUAGCUGCCGCUCCAGUUUCGAAGAGGCGACCCUCGCACAGGAGAGCAAGAGGAAUUCCGCGAGCCGCUCGGCCUCUGCACGAACCAGCUCACAUCAGACGCUCUACGAGACGUUCGAUUCGCACGAGUGCUAUCAGAGCAAGACCGAGCGGAAACUGUGCGCGGCCGAGAGCAAGAGAAUGCUCGAGGUAGAGGCCGUCAUCGAGUCAAUGCAGAGGCUAGACAGAUCUCCGCUGUCUACCAUAUCGGAAGAGAGCAUCAACAUAGUGAAUGAGAGUGCUUCGCGGCAUAGCUACUCGCAGCUGUUCAAGGAAAUCAUCAAAUCUAACGAAGAGGACUUCAAGCAAAUACAGAGUGUGGACAGUGCUUCCAGUCGGGUGUUGAACGAGCUGACAGAGAAGCGUCUGGUGAGUGCUGCAGGUAGGCAGAAGGAGAUGGUGCGCAUAGAGCCCACCACGAGGCGCUCGCUCGAAUCCUCUUGGGGAUCGCCUGGGCAGACGACCAGGCGUGUUGACAGCGACGCUGACCUCAUGUAUCUGCGCCGGCGCAACAAGCAGCUGCGGCGCGAAUGCCUCAUCUACUACCACAAGAAUGGGAAGCUGCGCAAACAUCCAAAGUACCCGAAGAUCAUGGCGCAGGCCUUGGGGUUUCAAGUGGCAGCCUAUCGGGCACAUGCUCGCCUCGCACGCUGGCAGAUACAGAACAAGGUGCCUCAGUACUUUCACCAGGAGUACGAUCGGAGCAAUGGCUGGCGGACCUAUCGACGUAUUCUGAUGGCUAUCGCAGUGCCGCGCAGUCGGCUCCGACGCACUCGGAACUCGGGACGCGUUCGCCCUCGCAUGCUCCUCCGCAUGUCCCACAUAGUGCAGCACAAAAAUAUCUAUACUGAGAUGAGCGCCAGCCAGAUCAGCUAUGGCCACGGCCAGGGCCACGAGCACGAGAUGCACUGCUUCUGGGCACAAAAUCUAGCAUUGGCAGAUCACUUGCAAUGUAACCCUAGAAAAACCGUUGAAUAAAUUAUUUUAAAAUUU